AUGGUUCCAAUAACGGCUUUUGUGAUAUACAUGAUGAACCUUAUUGCUCUAAAGCAGACAAUGAGAAUGAGAAAGAUUUUCCUAAAAUCCGUUCUUAGUCAAGAUAUGGCAUGGUUUGAUUGCAAAAGUGGUCUCGAUUGUGCUACAAAAAUUACCAGUAGCAUCGAUAUAAUUAGGGAUGCCAUUGGCGAGAAGAUAGUGACAGUACUGUUCUUAGUCUUUGCCUUUGGCUUUGGAGUUCUUUUUUCUCUACUCAUGGGCUGGAAGUUAACUAUCAUUAUGUGUAUUACCUUUACUUCGAUUAAUGUGGCUUUUUCGAUUUUCGUCGGGAAAUCCGAAAAUCGCUUUACUGAACAAGAAAUAGAAAGCUAUACAAAUGCCGGAUCUAUCGCUGAAGAGGUUUUUAAUUCUAUUCGGACUGUUACAGCAUUUGGAGGAGCAGAAAUGGAAACCAAAAGAUAUGCAGAAAAUCUCAAGAUAGCAGAAAAAUCAGGGAUUAAAAAAAGCUUCUACUCUGGGCUUCAGAAUGGUAUUAUGUGGUUUCUAUCAUUUUUAGGAUGGGCUUUUGGUAUGUUUCUUGGUAUUCAUUUUAUGGCUAAAGAACUAGAUCUACCCGAUGAUAUGAGAACAUACAACGCUAUCUCCAUUCUGACAAUUGUUUCAAGUUUAAUACAUAACUCGCAAUUACUAACACUAACAAUUCCGAGUUUAGAUAUAAUAUCUACAGCAAGAAGCGUUUUUAAAGCAGUUUACCAAGUUAUCGAUCAAAAGUCAGGGCUUGAUCCUUUCAGUAUGGAUGGUAUUAUGUUAGACGAGAAUUUUAAAGGGAAUAUUAGAUUUGAUAACGUUGCAUUUCGAUAUCCUUCGAGACCAACCGUAGAAGUCCUGAAGGGUGUUAGCUUUACAUUACAAACGCAACAAACUAUUGCACUAGUUGGUCAUUCAGGGUGUGGUAAAUCCACAUGCAUACAACUCCUUCAACGGCUCUAUGAUCCUUCAAAGGGAAAGAUUACAAUUGAUGGGGUUGAUAUGAAACAACUCAACAUUGGCUAUCUGAGAUCUCAGAUUGGAGUUGUACAGCAAGAACCAGUUUUGUUCUCAGGAACGAUUGCUGAGAACAUCCGAUUCGGGAAUCCUAAAGCUAGCAUGGAGGAAAUUAUAAACGCGGCCAAUAUUUCAUAUUGCCAUAGAUUUAUCGAGACACUUCCGGAUGGAUAUAAUACCAUGCUGGGGGAAAAUGGAGCCCAGUUAUCAGGGGGUCAAAAACAGAGGAUCGCUAUAGCAAGAGCCAUUGUUAGGAAUCCGAAAAUCCUCCUUUUAGAUGAAGCCACUUCAGCUUUAGACGCAGACUCUGAAAGCAUAGUUCAGAAAGCCCUGGAUAAGGCAUCAGAAGGUCGAACCACUUUGAUCAUCUCACACAGACUUUCAAGUAUCCGAAAAGCUAACCAGAUCAUUGUUUUCGAUCAAGGCCAGAUUGUCGAAAAAGGAACCCAUGAGGAACUUAUGAGUAAGAAAGGAGCGUUUUUCAACAUACUCUUAACAGAGGGAUGUCAGAAUCUCUAUGAGAUUUAUAGCGUAACCCUUUCCAAUGUCACUUUCUUGAUAAUAACAGCAGUUUUAAUUGGAUCAGCUACUUUUGUUCAGAAUUUUUCACUGGGAAAAGCAGGAGUUCGUAUCACAUCAAUGCUGAGAAAGUUGUCUUUCAGCGCAGCAUUGAAGCAAGAAAUCGCUUGGUUUGAUAUUCCGGAAAAUUCUGUUGGAGCCCUCUGUACCAGACUUGCAACGGAUUGUACAAAUGUACAAGGAGCUACUGGUAGUCGCCUAGCUGGGAACUUGCAAGCUAUGGCUUCUGUUUCAGUUGGGGUCCUGAUAGGGCUAUGUCUCUGCUGGAAACUUGCUUUAGUGGUAUCGGCUACCUUACCCUUGCUUCUAUUUGUGGCAGUCUUUGACUCACACUAUGCGAAAGCGAGUAUGGAAAAAGUCAAAAAGUCGAUGGAAAACGCUUCGAGGAUUGCAGUUGAAGCUAUCAAUAACGUACGAACUGUAGCAAGUUUAGGUCAAGAACAACAUGUUCUCGAUAGAUUCAAUAAAGAAUUGGCAAUAGCCGAAAUUGAAGUAGAGAAAAGUAUAAGAUUUCGAGGUUUAGCCUAUAGUUUGAAUAUAUCUAUGAAUUUCUGUACUUAUGCGAUAGCUUUCCUGUACGCCGUAUCGCUGAUAUCCGAUGGAGAGGUUGAUUUUGUAGAUGCAGUUGUGAUCAUAGAAGUUAUCAGUUUUGGUGCAUGGAUGACUGGAAUUAUUCUAAUGAAUGCUCCAAAUGUGAACUUGGCAAUUUCGUCUGCUGCAAACAUAUUUAACUUAAUUGACCGUUUGCCCAGUAUCAAUGACCCGAAUGAUCAGCCUGUAAGUGAAGACAUCACUGGUAAUGUCAAUAUGGAUAAAGUUGUAUUCCACUAUCCUAGCCGGCCUACAGCUAAAGUUCUUAGAGGAUUUAGCCUACAAAUUCCCCAAGGAAAGACUAUAGCCUUAGUAGGGCCUUCUGGAUGUGGGAAAUCUACAUGUAUCCAGCUUCUUCUUAGAUUCUAUAAUCCAAAUCAGGGAAGAAUAGAUUUCGACGGAGCAUCAAUCUGCGAUAUCUCUUUAAAACAUCUUCGAUCACAGCUCGCCUUGGUUUCUCAAGAGCCUAUUCUCUUCGAUAGAACCAUAGCUGAAAACAUCGCUUACGGUGAUAAUUCAAAGAAAGUGUCCAUGGAAGAGAUCAUUGAAGCAGCCAAGGAAGCUCAAAUUCAUUCAGAAUUUAUUACAAAGCUGCCUUUAGGCUACGACACCCCUUUAGGUCCUAGAGGAACUCAGCUUUCUGGUGGACAGAAACAAAGAAUCGCCAUUGCCAGGGCGUUAGUUCGAAAGCCUAAAAUCCUCCUCUUGGAUGAGCCAACUUCAGCUUUGGAUGCAGAGUGUGAAAAAUCGGUCCAAACCGCUCUAGAUAGGGCUAGUAAAAAUCGUACUUGCAUCGUAAUUGCUCAUAGACUCUCCACUAUUCAAAAUGCUGAUUUAAUUUGUGUUAUAGAACGAGGACAGAUCGUCAAGAUGGGUACUUAUGAUGAAAUCAUAAAUUCCGGAGAGUUGGACUAUCAGUUAUGA